CCUCAGAAGAGCUUUCUCCAGAGUGGCUCUUCAAAGGAGUCUGUGACUCCGUACACCCAGUCCCACAACUCAGUUGCCCUGCCCUAUCUCUUCUAAGGAGUAAUUAAAGUCCCAGAGAUUUGUGUAUGACCAUAUGGCUGAUGACAGUGUGAUUUCCUAAUAUUCACUUUGACCCUUCAUAACUAUGACCUACUGAAAACAAAUGGAUGGAUUAUUGUGGUGUUCUGCCACUCCCUGAAUAAGGAAGAGAAGACCGAAGCUUCCUGGUCACACCUGUCUGUAGCUACAAGAAUCAGUGCCACUGGCUGUUAUGUAGCCCAGAUCCAAAGUUGUGCCUCGGUGAGCAUGGAAAAGUCACUUUGCUAAGAACCACAGUACCUUGAAGGGAAGCCCUUAUAUGUGCAGGAACAGUGGAAGUAGAAAAAGAGGGAUUCAGAUGUGACACGGCAUCUUAUUGUUGGAACUCAGGAUGUUUUAGUUAUUCAUUGACAGGAGUAGGAGGAGAAUUUUCCUAAUGCCUCCAAGGCCCUGGAACUUUUAUAGUCUGCCUCCUGGCACUGUAUUGCAGUGGAGUACAGGGUCAGACAUCACACGACAGGGAUUGGCUUCUGGCUCCAUCACCUGUAGUAGGUACCUGGACGUGGCUUUACCUUGUCUGAAAGUUUGUGGAUGAUCUCAGAUGGUGAUCAUCUGGCUGACAGAGUAAAAUCAGGGGAGCGCAUAAGUAGCGCUGGUGUCUCACAGCGAGGAGGAACUGGCCAACAGAAAGCAAGGCCGAAGGGAAGAAGUCGGAGGUACCAUUCUCCAUCUAUCAAGCACGAUGUCUCGUCCUGCACACAGAAGACCAGAAUACCAUAAAAUAAACAAAGAUCUCUUUGUCCUCACCUAUGGAGCUCUGGUUGCUCAACUGUGCAAGGAUUAUGAAAAAGAUGAAGAUGUGAAUAAAUAUUUAGAUAAAAUGGGAUACGGCAUUGGCACACGGCUGGUGGAAGACUUUUUGGCUCGAUCUCGUGUGAGACGAUGCCACAGUUAUUCAGAAAUUAUAGACAUAAUCGCCCAGGUUGCUUUCAAGAUGUACUUGGGAAUCACACCAAGCGUGGCCUGUAACAAUUCAAGCAGAAAUGAAUUUUCACUGAUUCUAGACAAGAAUCCUCUGGUGGAGUUCGUGGAAGAGCUCCCUGCUGGGCGGUCCUCUCUGUGCUACUGCAAUUUGCUCUGUGGCAUUAUCAGAGGUGCCCUGGAAAUGGUUCAUUUGGAUGCUGAUGUUGCAUUCUUGCAAGACAGACUAAAAGGCGACAGUGUAACAGAAAUAGGAAUAACAUUCCUGAAAAAGCUAGAUGAGAAAAAAUACAGACGGAAAAAAUGAAAAAUAGCAUGCAAAAUGCCUCAGGCUGACUAGUUGAGGAGUUAGUGGUAGCUAAACAAAUACAGCCACUGGAAUUUUGAGUUGCUUAA